CAGAUCACCGACCAAUCCAUCCCCCAUCUCCUCCUACCCGUGAAUCUCUCCCCGCUCGCUUGAAUCCAAUCCAUGGCGACCGUCGCAGCGGGGAACCAGAGGAGCGCCCUGGGCCGCAAGGCGCUCUCGACGGUGCUCGACAACGACGCCAACAUCUCCGCCGGCAAGGCCGACGUCACCGCGGCAGCCCUCUCGCCGCUGCAGAAGACGAAACGGGUGUCGUCCAAGAGGGGCAAAGCGGCAGCGCCUUCGGCGGCCGCCGCCGGUCAGGCGCUUGACGCCGACGCCGACGUCUCGGCCGGGAAGGCUGAUGUCGCCACGGCGGCACCCGCCUCGGCCCAGAAGGCCAAGAGGGCGUCCUCCAAGAACGGCAAGGGUAAGGCGGCAGCGGCGCCGUCGAUGGCCGACGAGCUGACGGAGCUGCAGGGGAUGCUGGAGAGACUGCGCCUGGAGAAGGAGAAGGCGGAGGAGAUGGUGCGGGAGCGGGACGAGGUCAUCCGGAAGAAGGAGGAGGAGAUCGAGACCAAGGGCAAGCAGCAGGAGCGCCUCCAGGCCGAGCUCAAGAAGAUGCAGCGCGUCAAGGAGUUCAAGCCCACCAUGAACCUUCCGCUUGUGAAGUCUUUGCUCGACAAGGACCAGGACGGAGAUGACAAGGGCAAGAAGAAGAAGAAGGGAAAGGGCAAGUCCGGCAACGAGAGGAAGAAGCCAUGCCCGGCGUAUCUCCUGUGGUGCAAAGAUCAGUGGGCUGAGAUCAAGAAGGAGAACUCGGAUGCAGAUUUCAAGGAGGUGAGCAACGCUCUGGGUGCUAAAUGGAAGACCAUCAGCGCCGAGGAGAAGCAGCCGUACGAGGAGAGGUACAGGCAGGAGAAGGAGGCCUACCUGCAGGUGGUUGGGCAGGAGAAACGUGAGGCCGAGGCGAUGAAGCUAUUCGAAGAGGAGCAGAUGCGUUGGACUGCAAAGGAGCUGCUUGAGCAGUACCUCAAGUUCAGGCAGGAGGCCGAUGGCAGCGACAAGAAGGCCAAGAAGAAGAACAAGAAGGAGAAGGACCCCUCCAAGCCGAAGCAGCCCAUGUCGGCGUACUUCGUCUACUCGCAGGAGAGGCGCGCUGCACUGGUCGCCGAGAAGAAGAAUGUGCCUGAGAUUGGUAAGAUUACUGGGGAGGAGUGGAAGAGCAUGACGGAUGCUCAGAAGGCUCCCUAUGAGGAGGUCGCGAGCAAGCAGAAGGAAGAGUACCAUAAGCAGAUGGAGGUGUACAAGCAGAAGAAGCUUGAGGAAACCCAGAGCUUGGAGAAGGAAGAAGAGGAGCAGAAGAAAGUUAUGAAGCAGGAGGCUCUGCAACUUCUCAAGAAGAAGGAGAAGACAGACAACAUAAUCAAGAAAACCAAAGAAAAGCGUCAGAAGAAGAAGCAGGAGAACGUCGACCCGAACAGGCCCAAGAAGCCUGCAUCUUCCUUCCUGCUCUUCAGCAAGGAGGCGAGGAAGCAGCUAGUGGAGGAGCGCCCCGGCGUGAACAACUCCACGAUCAACGCGCUCAUCUCGGUGAAAUGGAAGGAGCUGAGCGGCACUGAGAAGAAGACGUGGAGUGAGAAGGCAGCGGAAGGGAUGGCGGCGUAUAAGAGGGAGAUGGAGGAAUACACCAACGCUCACACCUCCUCUCCCUCCUCCUGCUCGUCCUCUUCGGCUUGAUUUCGUGUUGUGGCUUGAGUAUGAAUUGUCGUAUCGGUUGUGUGAACUCAAGGAUUCAUGUCUCUGAAUCCUGAAGUCCACCAUAUGCGUCUUCUGGUGCCGGUUAUUUUCUAGUGUGAUGAUGGUUGUUGCAGCAAGUUGCAUAAUCCAAGAUGCUUGAGAACUAGCUUGUUCGUUCAUCAGAGUUGGUAUCGAUUCUGCAACAAAAGAAUUUUGUUUUGCCGAA